AAGUACGAGCUGAUGAAGUAAAACGACGCCGAGGGGCUGCUGAGGUUUUCCCUUUCUCGCUCCUGCAAUAAAUACAAAACACACACACACAGUCACUCGCUCACUCACUCACACAGUGACACAACUAUUGUCUAUAUAUACACAGACAGUUUAGAGAGAGAAAACGAAAACUUAGCGGAAAUCUAGAGAGAGAAGGGAAGCGAAAAUGGAUGGAGAAGGAAAUAAUAACAAGGGGGGAGAAGAAAUUCUGGGUUCAAGUUUGACAAUGGAAAAAGUGGCCGCUGCCAAACAGUUCAUCGAGAAUCACUACAAAAAUCAGAUGAAAAGCAUACAAGAAAGAAAGGAGAGGCGAUGGAUACUAGAAAGAAAGUUGGCAUCUUCAGAUGUGCCCAAAGAGGAACAGAUAAAUCUACUUAAAGAUUUAGAACGAAAGGAAACGGAGUUUAUGCGACUGAGAAGGAACAGGAUAUGUGUAGAUGAUUUUGAACAUCUAACCAUCAUAGGUCGUGGAGCCUUUGGCGAGGUACGGUUAUGCCGGGAGAAAAAAUCAGGCAAUAUUUAUGCCAUGAAGAAGUUGAAGAAAUCUGAAAUGGUAUCAAGAGGACAGGUAGAACAUGUUAGAGCAGAGAGGAACCUGUUGGCAGAAGUGGCCAGCCACUGCAUAGUUAAGUUGUAUUACUCUUUUCAAGAUGCUGAGUAUUUAUACCUAAUCAUGGAGUAUCUCCCUGGUGGUGAUAUGAUGACUCUGCUGAUGAGAGAAGACACGCUUUCUGAAAGUGUGGCUAAAUUUUACAUUGCUCAAAGUGUGCUCGCCAUUGAGUCCAUUCACAAGCAUAAUUAUAUUCAUAGGGAUAUCAAACCAGACAACCUUCUGCUCGACAAGAAUGGUCACAUGAAGCUCUCAGACUUUGGUCUUUGCAAACCACUUGAUUGUAGAACUUUAUCUACAGUGAAUGAGAACGAAGCCAUGGAUGAUGAGAAUAUAAGGGAGCCAAUGGACAUUGAUGGACACUUUCCUGAUGCGGCAAAUGGAAGUAAUUGGAGGAGUCCUCGUGAGCAACUUCAACACUGGCAGAUGAAUAGGAGAAAGUUGGCAUUUUCAACUGUGGGUACGCCAGACUAUAUUGCUCCAGAAGUGUUGUUGAAGAAGGGAUAUGGCAUGGAGUGUGAUUGGUGGUCACUGGGCGCAAUUAUGUAUGAGAUGCUUGUUGGCUACCCCCCAUUUUAUUCUGAUGAUCCUAUGACCACUUGCAGGAAGAUUGUUCAUUGGAGAAAUCACCUGAGAUUUCCUGAAGAUACCAAAUUGAGCCCCGAGGCAAAAGAUCUCAUCUGUAGGUUACUCUGUGAUGUGGAACAUAGGCUUGGAACUGGAGGCGCAGCCCAGAUAAAGGCACACCCUUGGUUUGCUGAUAUUGAAUGGGAUAAACUAUAUGAAAUGGAAGCAGCCUUUAAACCAGAGGUUAAUGGGGAGCUGGACACCCAGAACUUUAUGAAGUUUGAUGAAUUGGAUCCUCCAACACCAACAAGAUCUGGCUCAGGACCCUCACGAAAGAUGCAUCUUACUCCAAAAGAUUUAAGUUUUGUGGGCUAUACAUACAAGAACUUUGAUGCUGUCAAGGCACUGCGAUAUUCAUCAGAUCAUUCGAGAAGUACAUCACCAAGUCGACCAUCAAUUGAUUCUAUAUUUGGUGAUUCCAUGGGUACUCAACUGAGGAGAGGAACACCUGAGGAAACAGAUGUACAAAUGAUCACGUCAAUGGAUGAUGAUAUGUCUCCACAGUAGUACUGAUAUUCCAACGGUUUUGGAAAUUGGAAAAUGUUAUCAAGGAUGGUGGCGAAUGCCUGUAUAUUUGUAGGUUCUCGCCCCUUUCAGCGUUCAAACUGAGAUAGAUGGCUGCCUCAAAUUCUGUAGUGGCAUCACUCAAUUGUACAGUAUGUUGGCUCAUAAAUUUGUCUACUUUUACGGCAUAAACAUGCUUUUACUAGUAGAGAAGUCUGUAAUAUGAAAUUAGAGUAGGUUGUGGGAAUUGGUCCUGGCUGCCCAGGUUUGCGAGGGAACUUGCUCUCUCUCGUGGCAGUUUUCUGACCAAAUAUU